AUCUCCUUUUUCUAUCUAACUUCUCCUUUCACUUCCUAGUUGUUGGGAAGCCCAGUUUCUGCUCCACAGCAGCUGCUCGACACUUUUUUCUCAAAUCGAUCACAGAUCUCAACAAACCACUUUCUGUUUUGGAGAGCUGAGCCACUUUGGGUUUGCAGUCUCGCGCAUCCGGUGCGUCUGGGAUUUUACCCACAUACCAGAAAUAACAACCAGCACCUCUGCAGAUCUUAAAGAGUACCGAGUAGUGCGAAAGAACUGCGGGACUGCAGGCGAAGGUCCUGGAGAGCUCUGAGGUCGGGUUGCUGGCACUGAGGCGCACAGAUGGUGUUUCUGUGGGAUGCAAAAUACGAUCCAGCCCCUGGUAGGCGAUACACUCCCCCCUCCACUUCCCUUGCCUCGGGGGGGAAAAUGGCCGAGGCUUUGCCUCUAGGAGCCCAGGAGGCUGGUGGAGGGGCCGCCGUGAUGGGCAAGUUCCGCAUAACGGACCACGGCAUGGCUGAGGUGAUUUCUGAUCAUCCAGGAGAGCUGGUAAAAACUGACAGCCCAAAUUUCCUCUGCUCUGUCCUGCCCACUCACUGGAGGUGUAACAAGACUCUUCCCAUUGCUUUUAAGUUAGUGACCCUGGGCGAUAUUCCUGAUGGUACUUUGGUAACUGUGAUGGCUGGAAAUGAUGAGAACUAUUCAGCAGAGCUUCGCAAUGCCACCGCGGUCAUCAAGAAUCAAGUGGCCCGAUUCAAUGAUCUGCGAUUUGUCGGCCGCAGCGGGAGAGGAAAAAGCUUCACUCUCACGAUCACAGUGUUCACCAACCCUCCCCAAGUCGCUACAUAUCAAAGAGCUAUCAAAAUCACAGUGGAUGGUCCCAGAGAGCCACGACGUCAUCGUCAGAAGCUGGAUGAGGUCAAACCUGGCUCACUGGCUUUCUCUGAUAGGCUGACAGAGCUGGAACAGCUGAGAAGGAGCUCUAUCAGAGUAACGCCUCCUCAUAAUCAUCAUCAUCAGCAAUCUGUAAACAGCCACCAAUCUGCAGUCCUCACUUCGGCAACAUUUUCUAGCCCUCCACACUCUGGACUAACAGCUGAUUCCAGACAGAUACAGUCUUCUCCAUCCUGGUCCUAUGAUCAGUCUUAUCCCUACCUUGGCCAGAUAACUACUCCCACUGUUCACACAACUGCUCCACUUUCACCUGGUCGCUCUUCUCUUGGUGACCUGUCCUCAAGACUCACAGGUCCUGACCUUACACCCUUUGGUGACCCCAGGAUGGCUUUGGAGCGGCCUUUUAGCUCCCUUCCCUCCCUGCCCGACUCUCGUUUCUCUAACCCUCGGGUGCACUAUCCUCCUACAGGAGCUGCAUUCACAUACACCCCAACCCAUAAUCCAGUCUCUAAUGGUGCCAUCAGCAUCACUAUGGCGACAGCCAUGGCAACCACCCAGACAGGACGGUACCAUACAUAUUUGCCUCCACCGUAUCCUGCAAACACCCCUCACCAAGCUCAGAAUGGGCCGUUCCAGUCUACUUCAUCUCCAUACCACCUGUACUACUCAGCCACCACCGGCUCAUACCAGUUCUCUAUGAUGGCUGGGGGAGGAGGCAGCAGUGACUCACAUUCUCCACCUCGUAUCCUCCCGCCUUGUACCACUGCAUCCACAGGUUCUUCUCUUCUACACCCUUCUUUGCCCAAUCAGAAUGAGGGAGUGGGUGUGGAAGUGGAAUCCAGCCACAGUAGCUCACCAACAAACAUGGUUGCUGCUGAAGCUGUUUGGAGACCAUAUUGAGUCAUCUGAGACAGUGAUAACAGAUUUUUUACUCUUAUCAUGGCAAUGCUGCUAAGAGUAGACUCACCUGAAAUAAGAAUAUUUUAUAUAAUGACAACUCAAGGACUAUGCGAGUCUUAUCUUUACAUCAUUUAAGUUGUUUGACAGUGGCGGUUCUAGCCUAGGUUAACCGGCAGGGGGUGGAGCAGUUCUUUUUCAUUGAGGCACAGUACAAAUAAAUAAAUAACAGGACAAUAUUUCAUAAGUUAAGUAAGCCACAGAGCCAUUUGGUUCUCCGGAGUUGCAGAUUGCAGACCCCUGAAAAUGCAGAUGAAAACUGUCAUUCUAUCUCAAUGUGGCUGAAGCCAGAAGAGCAACACUUUAAAGGUGCAUUAUGAAACUUUUAUAAAAACUAUUUUUUUACAUAUUUGUUGAAGCUGUCACCAUGUCAUGGUAUGAGGCAGAGAAUCGGUGAAAAAAAUCUAGCUCCUCUGCCUUCUCCCAGUGCUAACUAGAAUAUCCAGUCAGAGCCCAGAGGUGGGGGUUAGCGCUGUCUUUCACAGUGUCCUGUGGUGCUGCCAGCUUUUACCAGCAGAUUCUGUUGAGUACUCAGGCUAGUUAGCAUAGCUACCGAUGGCUGCGGGUAAAAUGGUUUUUCUGUAACAGUAAGAUGUUUCUCCGCCAUUAGCACAUUUAGCAGCGAGUACAUGAGGUUGAGUGAUAGCACUAAGAUCCUCCUCCUGGCUCUGAUUGGUUGUUUUUGGUCGGGAGCAGCACAUUUCUUCAGACUACAAAAAUAGCUUGGGGGAGGAAGAUCAAUCCUUAGGCAGAUUAUCUGUCUCGUACUGUUAAUAUAUGGUGACGGUUCUAACAAUUAUGUAAAAAAUAUGUUAUUUAUAAACAUUACAUACUGCACCUUUAAUUAAUUCAUUGUUAAAAUAAAAUUGAAGGAAACCAAUGUAAUUGGCUCAACAUAGCAAUAGCUGCCUUUCUGUUAAACUUAUAAUUGCACAAAUUAUAUCGUCAAUGGACAAUUUGAGCAAUUAUCCAUUAAGCAAUUAACACAAUUUUGUACAUUCCACUUUAUAUUGUGGAAUCUAAAGACAUUACCAGUAACAUAUUGUUUUCUUUAAAAAAAAAAGCCUCCAAUUAAAAACAAAAAAAAAAAACAACUCACAUUUUUUGAUAAAAAGCAUUUCCGCCAGGAUGGGGUGGUUUUUCGGCUGUAUUUAAAUACUUUCUUCACAUCACCAGAGUAAUGAGCAGGAUGUUACUACUGGCGAAAACCAGAAGAAGACACAAAGUAGUAGAAGGAUGAUGGUUUGUUUUGUUUUUGGGGGAGGGGUUCGGACAAUGUGCAUCUGGCUCCACCAAAGCUCUCACAGCAUCUCACAUUUUCUAAAAUUUGUGUGGCAUUCGAACGUGUUGAAUCUUUGCUGUAAAAUGACUAACUACAAUUUCCCCAAAAUGCCGCCUACAUACCCUAACCCUAACCCUACAAAGUCUCAUAUCAUAAAUUGAUUUAGUAUUAUCACUUUAUUACAGAGGUAAUAACAGGGGUUAGGACCAGUUCUGCAGGGGCACUGGCCCUUGUUUGCCCCUGCCUAAAACCGCCCAGGUUGUUUGACAGAUUGAAAAAAGCCAAAGUCUUCACCCUGUCAAAUUGGAAUUGGAUAAGCUAUUCAAUCUUUAUGGCCUCCUGAUUUUUGGACCAGAUACACAAAAUAACCUUAUCUCAUGAAAUCUCCAAACAUUACCGGUAAUGUAUUGUUUUCUUUUUGUUUUCUUAGAAAAAGCCUUGACCUGUUGAGUAAACUGUUCAUUUUCUGUAGGGUUCACAAAAUGUUACUGAACCUCAUAUAUGUAGAUUUUGGUGUCAAUUUUUAGUGAAUGGAAGUCCAAUUGGUUUCACACUAGGACUGUGUGAAUGCAGGUCACCAACAGUACAGCAUGUGUUUUUAUACCAAUGAAGAUACGUGUCACUUUGUGCAACUUACUCGCUAAAUGACUUGUUUUUACAUUUUUGCUCAGAAAGGAGCUUUACUUCACAAACAUAUAAGAUUCAGUGUCUCAGAUCUGGACACAUAUACUUAAGAGUCAGAGGUAAAAAGUCAAAGGUUAAAGGCAUUGGUUCUAUACAUUGGAUGUCAAUUAAAGAGUUGGAAAGUAUGCAGACAUUUAUUUUAUGUUAGCCAACUUGAAUAUAACACUUUAAUCAGUUUCAUAUUUCUGCCCAAAUGCAACAGAGUAGCAAAGUGGAGUCCUUCCAGAAACAGAAUAAAGGCUACACCAAUUAACUGAGUAUUAAUCUUAUUUUCAAAGACCAUAUUUUAGUGCGUCAGAUGCACAUUGUAUUUUCCAGGCUGAAUGACACUCAUUACACAAAGAAUCAAUCAUAUUUAUUAUCCUUUUGAUUGCCACUGCAGAUUAUAUUCCCCCAUUUCAUGCUAAAUCAAAGAUCUUCUUCUGUCACAUUGACUUUGCAUGCCCUCUUUCACUUUACCUACUGAUCUUCUCUGCAGCCUUUUCUUCAUCACCAGCAGCUCUAUGUUUAACAUUGGUUGUGCAAGAUAUGCACCAAGCCCUCCACACAUGUCCAGACUCUGUCAGUCUUGCCUCCAGUUGGCUGUCAUUUGGAUUUUCCCUUCUGCCCAUUUUGUUUGCUCUUAAUGGAACUCUUAAAAUUAUUGUGUCUUCACCCA